GGGGAGGAAGAGGUGUGUGUUGCGCCUGCGCCGUGACUCUCGCACUUGGCGCGUGGUGGCUGCUAGGAGCCGCGCAAGUCACGCUCGAUUCCUUGUUCUGCGCGCAGGAGUCUCUCGGACCAUGUCGUGGCUGUUCGGCAUUAACAAGGGCCCUAAGGGCGAAGGCACCGGGGUGCCACCGCCCUUGCCGCCGGCGCAGCCCGGGGCCGAGGGUGGCGGCGACCCCGGCGCGAGAGACCGGCCGAUGCCCAAGGACAAAUGGACCAACUUCGACCCCACUGGCCUGGAGCGUGCGGCCAAGGCAGCGCGCGAGCUGGAGCACUCGCGCCAUGCCAAGGAGGCACUGAGUCUUGCACAAAUGCAGGAGCAGACAUUGCAACUGGAGCAACAGUCCAAGCUCAAGGAGUAUGAGGCCACUGUGGAGCAGCUGAAAAAUGAACAGAUACGCGUGCAGGCUGAAGAGAGAAGGAAGACCCUGAGCGAGGAGACCCGGCAGCACCAGGCUAGGGCUCAGUACCAGGAUAAGCUAGCCCGACAGCGCUAUGAGGACCAGUUGAAACAGCAGCAACUUCUGAAUGAAGAGAAUUUACGGAAACAAGAGGAGUCUGUGCAGAAGCAGGAGGCCAUGCGGCGAGCUACCGUGGAACGAGAGAUGGAGCUACGGCAUAAGAAUGAGAUGCUGCGAGUAGAAGCCGAGGCUCGAGCCCGGGCCAAGGCUGAUCGAGAGAAUGCAGACAUUAUCCGAGAACAGAUCCGCCUCAAGGCUGCUGAGCACCGCCAGACCAUCUUGGAGUCCAUCAGGACAGCUGGCACUCUGUUUGGUGAAGGGUUCCGUGCCUUUGUGACAGACUGGGACAAAGUGACAGCCACAGUGGCUGGAUUAACCCUGCUGGCUGUUGGGGUCUAUUCUGCCAAGAAUGCUACUACUGUUGCUGGUCGAUACAUUGAGGCCCGCCUAGGGAAGCCAUCCCUGGUGAGGGAGACCUCACGCAUCUCAGUGCUGGAGGCACUGCGACACCCCAUCCAGGUCAGCAGGCGGCUUGUCAGCAGGCCCCAGGAUGCUCUGGAGGGUGUCAUCCUUAGCCCCAGCCUGGAGGCACGGGUGCGAGACAUUGCCAUAGCAACAAGAAAUACCAAGAAGAACAAAAGCCUAUACAGGAACAUUCUGAUGUAUGGGCCACCAGGGACUGGCAAGACACUGUUUGCCAAGAAACUCGCACUGCAUUCGGGCAUGGACUACGCCAUCAUGACAGGAGGGGACGUGGCCCCCAUGGGGCGGGAGGGUGUGACCGCCAUGCACAAGGUCUUCGACUGGGCGAGCACCAGCCGACGAGGCCUCCUGCUCUUUGUGGAUGAAGCAGAUGCCUUUCUUAGGAAGCGAGCGACUGAAAAGAUAAGUGAAGACCUCAGGGCUACCCUGAAUGCGUUCCUACACAGGACAGGCCAGCAUAGUAGCAAGUUCAUGCUGGUCUUGGCCAGUAACCAACCCGAGCAGUUUGACUGGGCCAUUAAUGACCGUAUCGACGAGAUGGUCUGCUUUGCCCUGCCACAGCGGGAGGAGCGGGAGCGCCUGGUGAGAAUGUAUUUUGACAAGUAUGUCCUUAAGCCGGCCACAGAAGGAAAGCAACGCCUGAAGGUGGCCCAGUUUGACUAUGGGAAGAAAUGCUCAGAGGUUGCACAGCUGACGGACGGCAUGUCAGGCCGGGAGAUUGCUCAGCUUGCUGUGGCAUGGCAGGCUAUGGCAUACGCUUCUGAGGAUGGGGUUCUCACAGAGGCCAUGAUGGAUACCCGUGUCCAGGAUGCUGUUCAGCAGCACCAGCAGAAGAUGCAGUGGCUUCAAGUAGAGAGACCCAGUUCUGAGGCCAGUGAGGUGCCAUGCCCUAGACUGCUCAGCAGCUGAGCUGAACCUGGACCCAGGCCUUGCAUACCUGGCUGGGGACUCCCAGUGUCUGUGACCACACUACCCCUUCCUCCUUCUCUGUUCCCUUCAGCAUCUGGAAGAAGCCAGCACUGCCCUGAAUGCCUCUGCUUAGCUGUGGUCUGUCUGCUGGUGGUGUGAACUUCUUUGUCUGCCCCGUUCCUACCCCCCAGUUUUCUCCUCCUUCCAUGAUUCCUGGUUGAGGGUGCCAUGCAGCCUUCUGCCCCCAGGACACUGGUGAGACCUGUCUACUAGCCUAGAUCAAAGAAUGGAGGAAGCAUAGUGCUGAACCACAGCCAAUGGCCAUGGCUGUGCCAGUAGUACUGGGGCCUGCAGGGACCAGACUGAGGGUAAGAAGGACCCUCUGCUGUCCAGCCAUGCCUUGGCCCCCACCCUGCCCACAUCUGUGCCAAGAAUUGGCCUAGCUCUCACUUAGUGGGGUUGAUCUGAUGCUGGAUAGCCUCUGGCCGGUGGCAUCUAGGCUUCAGAGGAGCUGCUGCCCUACCUGUGAAUGGAUCUGGGCCUUUUUAAACCAGAAUCUAAUAAAACUGUGACUGAC